GCAAUUUCCUGUCUCUGCAUGAGAAAUGGUUCUCAUCAGAGCACAUUGUCUUCUGAGGGUGAAGUGUCUAAAGUAACAAAAACAAAGCAGCAGAGCAGGGUCACAAUUGAAGUAAGGUAAGUCCUAAUUCUUAUAAAAUACUAACAGACUCUCUUAUAUUGGUACGAAAUAUGGUCUGCUGAGUGGUUUUAAUUAGAAAUGCAGGUUUCAGGCUAGGUAUAAAGGCUGAAACUACGAGAUCUGUUCGAGAUCAUCAAACAGCAGUGCCAGCUUGGGCCUGGGACUGUGGGUGCCAUACAGCGUGCAUGGCCCUGGCACUGAAAUUUAUGGGUGCCCGGCACUUUCAUGGGGAAUUUUGCAGGUAUUUGGUCACCCAGCACCCCAGGGAUUUGGCAUCUAUGUCAUCAAACAAAGGGUGACACAAGAGGUUCCCUCUUGACAGACAAUGACAUAAACUGUUUCAAAAUACAUUGACCUGUAACUUCUAAAAACUAUAUACAAACAAAGAAACAGAUCAGUAAUGUUUUUCUGGCCCAGGCUUUGGAGCAUUGUAUGGAUAGAUUGGCCGGCGGCCGGCAGUGAAUGUAACACAAGGCGCACCCUUGGCUUUCUUUUCUUUUUUUCCCCCUCCCUGUGCCCUGUGUUGAUGUGGGUGGGUGAACACCUGCUCCACGGUCCUUUUUAUAGUCAAGAAGUAUAUAAAUUUUAUGAAAUAAAAAAUAAAUAAAUUGUUGGAUCCCUCCACUAAACUGUUUCGGAAGCCAGUGGAGGGCAGCUAGCAUGUAAGGGGGUGAUUAAUAAAGAACAGCUUUGUAAAAGGUUGCGGCCUUGUGCUCCAAUUGUCCCGUCUUUCUGGAAUCUGUCCGUGGUAAAUCUCCGUCCUCUCUUUCAGAAAACGCUUUUGUCCUUAGUGUGUGCAUGCAAGCGUGCACUCAGACACAAGUGCAACAAGAGUUCAUCAGGUCUCCAUCGUCCCCCUUAUCUCUGAGUGCAUGCAAAUACCACUGUAUUGGCAGAGAGAGAGAGAGUGCUUCUAUAGAUAGGAAAUGUUGCUGAAUGUUCUCUGAGUUCCAGGUAUUCUGCAAUAGAGUGAUGGCCAUCAACACGGACAGCUUUCAAAGAAAAUAGCUCAGUCAGUAGAGCAUGAGACUCUUAAUCUCAUGCAAUGUGCAGUAGAGGGGGAUAAAUUAAAACACCAUGGGAAAUGGGGUGGGAAGUCAAGCAAAGACAAAAUUGUUAUUUAUUGAAGUAUAGAUGUUAAUUGUUUGAAAAUUCAAUUAAAAAUUGUUAUAAAAAGAGACCCUUAAUCUCGGGUCAUGUGUUCGAGCCCUAUGUUGGGCAAAAAAUUCCUGCAUUGCAGGGGGUUGGACUAGAUGACCCUUAUGGUCCUUUCCAACUCUACAAUUCUGAGUAUAUGAGUUUAUGGAUUUGACAAAUUCAUGGAGGAUAAGGCUAUCAUUGAUGGGCAUAUUCAUCCUCCUUCAAAUACCAGCUGAUGGGGAUCACAAGUGAGUAAAGUCUUGUUGCACUCAGGCCCUGCUUUCAGGGCUCCCAUAAGCAUCGGAUUUGCCACUGGGAGAAAAGGAUGUUGAACUCGAUGGGCCAUUGGCCUGAACAAGGAGGCUCUCCUUGUGUACUUCGGCAAACGUACCCCUAUUCUAAGCUCAAUUUUAUGACUGAAGUCUUAAACACAUUUAGUGGGAUUUUCUUCUAAAUACACCUGUUUAGUGGCAUAGCACAGGUGCAAAAUUGUUAGGGGCACAAAAAUUUCAACACCUGAUGCCACCUCAAUACAGCUGUGGGUUUCCGUUGCUGGGCUCCAUUGAAAAUGGCUUCUCCAUAUGAACCAGGAAGUGACCUUUCCAGACUACAGAAUGACUCUUCUUUUCUUAUUUCUGUGGCUGUGAUCUCCUGGGUGAUGCGGAUGCCAUUAGGCAGUUGAAUGUGCACGAGUACUUGAUCUGCUUCCCUCCCACCCCUUCACGCGGUCCUGGGCACUGACAACCCACGUUACACCACUGUUAGAGUUUCUCUCUGUAAUGGCCAGUUAACUAAUACCCCCUGCUUCAGAAGCCUGCAAUAAUAUUUGUGUGUGUGUGUGUGUGUGUGUGUCUCCUGAAAAACAACUUGACAAGUGCAAUUAUUAUGAACCAGUUUAUAACUCUAAAAAAACCUCCAGGGUUCUAUCCUGUGCUAGUCCUGCUCAGAACAGACCCGCUGAAGUUAAUGGACCUGAAUAAUUAAGGUUCGUGCCUUUCCAUGGGUCUACUCUGAGUAGGACUAGCAAUUUCAGAGCUGCUUCCAAACAAAAGUAUUUCUGCACUUGGAGAGUGCAAUUGUUGCAAAGGUAUCAGCAGGAACCCAGUUCUGGGCACCACAGUUCAAGAAGGACACUGACAAACUGGAACAUGUCCAGAGGAGGGCAACCAAAAUGGUCAAAGGCCUGGAAAUGAUGCCUUAUGAGGAACGGCUAAGGGAGCUGGGCAUGUUUAGCCUGGAGAAGAGGAGGUUAAGGGGUGAUAUGAUAGCCAUGUUCAAAUAUAUAAAAGGAUGUCACAUAGAGGAGGGAGAAAGGUUGUUUUCUGCUGCUCCAGAGAAGCGGACAUGGAGCAAUGGAUCCAAACUACAAGAAAGAAGAUUCCACCUAAACAUUAGGAAGAACUUCCUGACAGUAAGAGCUGUUCGACAGUGGAAUUUGCUGCCAAGGAGUGUGGUGGAGUCUCCUUCUUUGGAGGUCUUUAAGCAGAGGCUUGACAACCAUAUGUCAGGAGUGCUCUGAUGGUGUUUCCUGCUUGGCAGGGGGUUGGACUCGAUGGCCCUUGUGGUCUCUUCCAACUCUAUGAUUCUAUGAUUCUAUGAUUCUAACCCAGACAAAUUCUUCUUGCUGGCUGCUCCCAGACUUUGGAACUCCCUUCCUAAAAAAGUUAGACCGGCUCCCUCCUUUCUGUCCUUCUGUCCUUUUCUAUUUCAAAAGGCCUUUGUGAUCUGAUUGUUUUAAAGGAAAAGGCUGGUGCUGUGGGGGUUUAUUGUUAUUGUCUUUGUUUUUAAUGGAUCUUUGUAUAUUAUUUUAAUUCUAUUAGUGUUUAACUACAUUUUAAUGAUAGUCUUUUCUAUGUUUUUAGCUUGUUCUGUUUCAUCUGUGUAAGCCGCCUUGAGUCUCAGGCUGGGGAAAAGGCAGGAUAUAAAUAAAUAUAAUAGUCAUAAUUCUCUUCCUACAGUUAUUUUUCCCCAAACACAAAUCCAUACAGCUUAGCUUGGAAAGUGACCUUCCUUCCCCACCCACCCUCCUGCUACUACAUUUAUUUUAGCAAGUGUGCAGUGUGGAUUCUUGAAGGUCAAAGCACUUAUUGGCUAGGGUCUACAACGCUGAUCAAAUGACAUAUAUCCACUCCCAUUAGUGUCUCACAUUACUAGUGUAUAGUGUGCACCAUUGCUCCAGCCCUGCAUCUCUCACACACAGGCUUCUUUGGCUUAGCAUGUCGUGCAAACCUUAGAUUAUGGUUUAGCACUCUCCAGUCUAGAGAUGGGCAAAUCUGUCAACUUAAGUGUCUCUCAGUUCCUCAUUCCACCACCCCCUCUUAAAUUUAGUUCUCUGCAUUUCUAUCCUCAUGAAAAUUCAGCAGCAUUUUAGUAAGAAUUUCUCCUAAUACAAAUUUUUGCUUGCAAUUUUGCCUAACAAACACAUUUCUGCAAAGCGUUUUCCUGUUCUAUAAUUCAUUUCUGUAUGCUGUUUUCAGGCAUAUAUGCAUGUUUAUGCACACCUUACUGAAAUGCAUUUCAUUUAGUAAACAUUACUUGGCUGGAAAACUACAUUGUAAAAUACAGAGAAGUGUGAAUUUUGAAGGAUGGCUGUGUUUUGCCCAUGUGCCUAUUUCGGAAGCGUGAAUUAGCUUGGUUCACCAGCAAGUGCAAAUUUCUCCCCCAGCCCAAUUCCAAACAAUCAGUGGCUCGUGGUUUGCCCAGAUCUAAGGUAUGAGCUUAUCUGGGCAAACCACAUAUGAACUUGGGUUUGGACAAUAUGCUGGGCCAAACUAUGGCUUUACCUCAGUGCAACACAGCUGCAGAAUGACUAGAGAGGAGUAGAGUGCCCUCACUCACUCAUUCAUACUAAGCCAUGUUGUUUCAUAUUCCGGAAUUCUUUUUAGUGUAUUUUUGGUGAACUCUUGAAUGAAUGUCAUCUGAACCAAAUGUUGUGUUAUAUAGGAAGACAGAAACUUGCCUGAACUAUAGUGUCCAUAUCAAGGGAAAUAAUAGUCCCACUCUAUUCUGCCUUGGUCAGACCACACCUGGAAUAUUGUGUCCAAGUCUGGGCAACACAAUUUAGGAAGGAUGUUGACAAGCUAGAAUGUGUGCCGAGGAGGGCAACCAAGAUGAUCAAGGGUCUGGAAAUCAAGCUUUAUGGUUGAAGGAGCUGGGUAUGUUUAGCCUGGAAAAGAGGAGAUAUGAUGUUCAUCUUCAAAUAUCUGAAGAGCCGCCACAUGGUAGAGGAAACAAGCUUGUUUUCUCCUGCUCUGAAGGGUAGGACUUAAACCAACGGCUUCAAGUUACAAGAAAGGAGAUUCCAAAUAAACAUCAGGGAAAACUUUCUGACAGCAAGAGCUGUUCGACAUGGAAACAAUCUCCCUCAGGAGGUUACAAACUCUCCUUCCUUGGAGGUUUUUAGCAGAGGUUAGAUGGCCAUCUGUCAUGGAUGCUUCACUUGAGAUUCCUGCAUUGCAGGGGUUGGACUUGGGGUCUCUUCCAACUCUACAAUUCUAUGAUUCCACAGUAAAGACCAAUGCAAAUAAUUUAUCUACCUUCACUGUGACCUCUCUGUCCUCCCUCAAGUAUUUUAAUCCCCCCACAUUUUUUUCUUUGUCUAGACCAGGGGUGCCCAAACUUUUUUCAAAGAGGGCCAGAUUUGAUGAAGUGAACAUGCGUGAGGGCCGACCAAAGUUGUUGACCUUUUUUAAGGAUUGAAGUUGUUGAGCUUUUUUCUUUUUUCACAAUUUUACCCCAAAGUUGUUGAGCUUUGGGAUAGAAGCUGCAACCUUGGUGUUAUCAGCACUACCCCUCUAACCAACUCAGCUAUCCAGGUCCUCACUGGACCCUAAAAUAAACAAUAAUGCACAGAAUUAAAACAGCACCAUGUCUGUUUAUAGCAACAAAAUGCACAGAUGAGAAAAACUGGCUAUAGACACAUUACAUGAGAGGCACACAUUGGCUUAUGCACACAAAAUAAUUCUGUAUGUUUACAACUGCAAAUUUCUCAGGAGGGGAGAAGAGAGAAAUAAGUAGACAUUUCCCCCAUUUUCAGAAAUACAUACUGAUAGAAAUUCCAUAUUCAAUUAAACAUUUAGUGAUAUGAGGACAUGAGUAGGUGUGGAACUCUAAAAUAUCCUGCGUAAGAUGAUUCCACCUCUAGUUUGAAGAUGGACAUAGGAUGAUGGAGGCUAUAAGGAACAGAAUUUGUACCUUUCAUGAUCUGUGUCUCACUACCUGAUUGGAAUAACUGUGGCCACUGAUUUAUUUCUGGACAAAUUAGCUGGUGAUAGGGCCAUUUUGGGUGGGUGGGUGGGAGAGAAAAUAAACUUUGAUGCUUGAGAUGAAGUCACUUUAAUAACUUGAUCGCACAGCUUGAUUGUUUGAACAUGUUUUGUGAUAUUUUAGGGACAAUAGUUACACAACCACGAUUUUAACUGUUGCUAAUUUGCUGCGUUUCGUUAACAGAGGCUCAGCUUUUCUUUGUCUCCAUUCCUCCCAGGGCAUUCGGCUUUUCACACACGUUUGUCAGCCAUUUUACUCCUCCACAAAUACAAGACCCUCCUUGCUUUGUUAAUGUCUCAUUCACUCACACUCUGCCUACAUCACUUUGCUGCCAUUCAGCCUCUCCCCUGAGCUCCCUUCAAUUCCCCCCACCAACACUCCCAAUUAUCUCUCUCUGCAACCCACACAGCAUCCCCCACACCAUCUUCUCCCAGUUUUUCACUCCGGUUUCUCCAUACCCCCCGCCCCCAGAAUCCAACCUCAGGUGCAAUUCUCUACCAGCCCCUCAUAACUUCUCUUCGUCCCAUAGAUUUUGCCCCCCAAUCCCGGUUUUUAAAAGAGCGAGUGAGCAGUCCUCGAUUCUACUCCCACAGGCACCCUUCCUCCCCAACCAUCCCUUUUUUCCUGCGCUCCCCCCAGUCCACUUCCCAAAGGUUGCCACCUUUUCCUUGGCGCCUGCUCUGCACCCUUUUAACAGCACGAAAUCCAGCAGGGUGCCAUUCUCCCUAUUCCUUCGAUUGCUGGAUUUCUGCUUACACCUCUUGCCAAGGGGGAGGGAAAGAAGGAGUGGCAACCCUGAACUUGCCUUGGAUCCUUCACCCCCCCAACCCCUCACUAGACACACAGCUCUCUUCUCCAGAUCACCUGCUUUAAAGUCUCUGUUCCUCUCCAUGCCAACCUGCUCUGCCUCAUAUUUUGGUGUCAACCCACCUGCAAAAACCCCUCACGUCCAAGCUUGUAAAAAGGCAAGCAAGACCCAUCACCACCAUCGCCUGUGCGCUGCUCUUUAGGGUGAGCAAGUCUCUCACUUCCUGGCUCCUCCAGAUGUCCCCCCCCCCCUUAAAGUGAUUGAAGGCUCUUUCUUUCUUUCUUUCUUUCUUUCUUUCUUUCUUUCCUUCCUUCCUUCCUUCCUUCCUUCCUUCCUUCCUUCCUUCCUUCUCUCUCUCUCUCUCUCUCUCUCUCUCUUUCUUUCCCUCCUCUCUCUCUCAGGCACUGCGCCCUCCUCCCGACCCUGCCGCACUUCCUCAGCGAGAACCACAGAAUUGUAGUCAGACGGGACCCCCCAAAGGUCCUUUAGUCCAACCCCCCUGCGAUGCAGCAAUCUCCACUGAAGCAUCCACGGUAGAAGUCCCCUCUCGGCCUCUCCCACGUCCCGCCACGCGUCCAUCCACCGGCCGCUCCACGGCUCUUCCCGCAGGGCCAGAAAUGCUCCGAGGGCGCAGCCAUCCCUCUCCUAUCCUUUUCCCACCCGCCCCGUAGUAAGCAAACCGGGGCUGGGUCACGCACUGCCCCCAGGGUCAGUCCUCCUGCAACCCCUUUCCCACCCGCGUUUCAAUUCCCUCCGAGCCGCAGCAGGACUCCGGAGCUGCUGGACGAGGAGCUCGGCGCAAGCGGAUGGAAGUCCCACGGAGCAGCUCCGUCGCCUCCGCUCCCCUCUCUCCUACUGCCGGAGCGGAGCCGCGGCCCCGGAGCCCCAGGCGCUCCCAGCCCCGCCCCCGGCGCUCAUUGGUCCGAGGAGGCCCCCGUGGGCGGAGACUGGCGAGCCGGUAUUAAAAAUCACAUGGGCAGCGCUCAAAAGAGAGGCAGUAGCGAGAAAAAAAAACGAGAAUAAAAGGUGAAGGCUGGUGGCCGGCGGCGGCUACACGGGCCACAUGACGAGGUCUGGCGGGCCGUAUUCGGCCCGCGGGCCUUGUGUUUGACACCCGUGGUCUAGACCUUGUUCCGUCUCAUUGGGUGGAUUCUUGCUAAUGGUGCAUUUAAAUAAAUGUUUGCUUUUCUGCUUUUCGGAAUUUGCUUCACACAUUCUUCCUUUGCUUACCUUAUCAGAGUUCACUACAGUUUGUGUUCUUUUUAUUUUUCUUCUUUCAGCAAGUGAUCCUGCAAUUUAACUACACUGGCUACCUUUUUAUAUUUCUUUGUAGCUAUUCUAAUCUGUGCUGUGUUAUUUUCUCCCUCAGAGACUGUUCUGGACAUGAGCCAUUCCUUCUAGAUGGUCCUUCAUUGCUCAGUUUUCCUUCCUUUCAGAAUUUUAAAAGAGGGAAAGAGACCCUAAAGCCACCCAAAAUGACAGAUGUACAGCAGUACCUUUAAUCAUCUCCAUCGUUUUACUACUGUUUUUUGCUUUGAGCGUCAUUGACAAUUGCCUCGAUCAGAGUAACUAAACAAACCAUCUAAUUGCAUCUUUUCUUUCUCUCCUUUGCAGCAAAGAAACAAAAACAAAAUGCAGUGAAUUGCAUUUUGGUGAAGGUUGACAGUCUGGACCAUAAGAACCUAUUAUCUGCUCUUCUGUGACUCAAAAUUGGAUUGGGACAACUAGUAAUUUUUGGCAUCAUAUCCCUUCCAUCUGGAGUGAACUGGUCUUAAUGGAAAGAAUGGCCUGUAAUAAAUCAUUAUGCAAUGCAACAACCUGUCUUAUAACUUAUGAACUAGAUCAACAUUUGUUUCCUGUUCUCUACAGCAUUUUGAUUAUUAUCAGUAUUCCUGCCAACUCUGCAUCCCUUUAUAUAUCCUACAGCCAAAUAAAGCAAAAAAAUGAGUUGGGCAUCUAUCUUUUAAGUUUAGCUUUAGCUGACCUGCUGUACACUUUGACCCUGCCUCUAUGGAUUUAUUAUGCUCAGAAUGAGGAUAACUGGGACCUUUCCCAGCAACUUUGCACUUUUUCUGUUUUCCUUAAGUACUUGAAUUAUUACACCAGCUCAGCAUUUCUCACCUGCAUUUCCAUUGAUAGAUACUUAGCUGUAGUCUACCCACUGAGGUUCCAUUAUUUGCGUACAAGAAGAUUUGCCUUGCUUGCCUCUAUCUUUGUCUGGGCCUUCGAAAUCAUGUCAAACUAUCAGGUUUUAAAGAACGAAGACAUAUUUAAUGAAACUUUUGUAUCCACAAACCAUACAUUUUGUUAUGAUACAUACCCUCUAGUAAACUGGCAGGCCCAACUGAACUUUUACCGUGUGGUUGUGGGGUAUGCAAUCCCACUGGCCAUCAUGGUCUUCUGCUACCAGAAAAUAUACCGAGCCGUGAAGAACAAUCAAGCAACCCGAAACAGGGACAAGAGGAAAAUCAACCACUUAUUGCUGAGCAUCGUCGUCACUUUCUUUUUGUGCUUCACUCCAUAUCAUGUCGUUCUGUUCAUUCGCAGUAUCGUUGAGCCAUGUGAGUGUGGCUGUGGCUGUGGCUGUGACGCUGCCGAGAGGAUGUUUAUACCUUACAGGAUUACAACUGCACUGACGAGUCUGAACUGUAUAGCUGACCCAAUUCUCUACUGCUUCGUGAGUGAAACUGGAAGAAUGGAUAUUUGGAACAUGCUCAAGUGCGGCUCUUCUGAGAGCCAAAGAGAUGCACAACUUUCACAAAAGGUUGCCAUUUCCAGUAGUUCACAGGAGAAAGCCAUGAUGGUUCUGAAAUCAGAAACUGUGCUAUAGAGCAGAGAUACAGGAAUGGGGGGGGGGCGCUGUGGCCCUCUGUAAGUUGUUGGACUUCAAGUCUCAUCGGCCUCUGGCUGUGGGAGUGAAAAGGAUCAGCUUUUUUGUGCCUGAAGAAAAGAACAAGGUGGUGUCCUCAUCCCAAACCAGAAGCUGACUGGACUCCCAGCUGAAUCUUACUUCAUCACUGGCAUUGGGUCACUGUCUUCCACCACACCUAAGGACAGGGGUAUGCACAACUCUGUUCUCCAAUAUCUUGGUCCCACUCCCCAUCCCCCCAGUGUCUAAGGCAGCUGCUUUACACUUCCCUGGCAAAAGAUACUUGGAGUGGGAGUUUGAAAUGAAUGAAGCUGUAAAGUUUGGCUUCUCUCCCCACCCCCUUCAUCAUCAAAUUCAGUUUGCCAUAUUUCCACAUUGGCAUGAUUGUUUUUUUUAAAAGUCUGGGUGAAAGUUUAAUUUAUUAUAAAAUAAAAUGUAUUCUGUGCACAGGAA